GACGCGCAUGGCGUCCCUGCAGACCAGCAGGUGAUAGUGUAUGCCGGGCAGCAGCUGAAGGAUGAGUACAAAGCCUUGGGCGACUACAAUAUCCAGGGCAACAUCUUCUGCGUUGUGCGGAAUCGAAAGCAGGGCCCGACCUUCACCGUCACGGUCAAGGUCCUGAGUGGUCAGAGCUUUGAUUUGUCCGUUGCUGCGACGGACACGAUUCAAGAGGUGAAGGCCCAGAUCGAGAAGUCGGUCACCAUUCCGGUAGAAAAGCAGCGGCUGGUUUUUGAAGGCAAGCUGCUUUGUGACACAGCGACGGUCUCGGAGAGCCGCAUCGAAGACGGGAAUACACUCCACCUCGUGGUGCGCCUCACAGUGCAGGGGGAGGCAGGCUCCACCAUGGAGUCUCAGGGCACAGUUUGCGCUCUCCGCGGCACCUGCGAUAGCCCCGGUGCGUGCGGCCUCCUGAACCUCGGGAACACGUGCUACUUGAACUCCACCUUGCAAGCCCUGUCCAACACCGUGGCGCUGCGCCGGUAUUACGAGGCAGGCCACUACAAGGCGGACAUCAGCUGCACGCCUGACAGCAUGGGAGGACGUCUAGCAGAUGGAUUCGCAAAUCUGCUCCGCUCCAUUUGGGGCAACGAGUUUCGGAUCGUGAAGCCGCAUGAGGUUCGCAGCUUGAUCUCGGAGAAAUGGAGCCAAUUCGCUGGCUGCAGGCAGCAUGAUGCUCAGGAGCUCUUGAUGUUUCUCCUCGACGGUCUACACGAAGAUGUGAAGCGCAGCCCGUCGCCCUGCCCGCGCGGCUCGGAGUCUGCCUCCUCCCAGUGCGACGCAUCCGACUCUCAGGAUGCAGGCAACUGCCAGACAGACUCGAAGAUCAAGGACAUUUUUCACUUCCAGGUGCGCUCCACCACCACUUUCUGCGAUGUGGGAAUGCGCUCUGAGAAGUUUGAGCCCAUGGUUUACCUCACAUUGCCCAUCCCUGGGCCGGAAGACACCGCCCUGGCCGAGCGAUCGUUGGAAGACUGCCUGGACUCCUUCUCUAAGCAGGAAGAGCUUUGCCAAGAUAACUGGGUUUGGUGCGAUCAGACGCAGCAGCGCGAACGGUCCCUGAAGAAGAUUGAGCUUUGGACCGCGCCGGAGUGCUUGAUCAUCCACUUGAAGCGGUUCGUGGCCGACUCUUCCAGCAUUGACAAGGAUGGAAGCUUUGUUCGCUUCCCGUUCGAGCUGGACCUUUCGCGAUGGCUCGCGGGACCUCCAACCGAAGGAGAACAAUACAAACUCUAUGCCGUCGUGAACCACUCUGGGAGCCUCUCCUACGGCCACUACACUGCCUACUGCAAAGUGGGCGAGGGUUCUGACAAGAAGUGGUAUUUCUUCAAUGAUGCUCGUGUGACACAGGCCAGUGAGUCUGACGUAGUGUCACCAGAGGCAUAUCUCCUCUUUUAUGAACGCUUCUAA